GUCCACUAGCGUGAUCUACACCCGCGUGUCACCCGUCGACUCUCGAGCUCACCCACGCGAUAUGAUCAUGAGUCUUACUAGCACCGCCACGGCUUGAACAUGUCCGCCCGUGUCCACUCAUACAGUGCUCGCCUCCCUUUUGAAGACGUCUCUUCCUCGUAGACGUGUAUCGGCAUCUUCGCAACUCCGCAGUACAUCCCCGAGAGCACCUCAAACGCGACGACACGUCCCACCAUGGAUCGCAUCCGGCAGAUGUUCGAUCGCGAGAACUCUUCGGCAUCGUAUGAGCCACUAGAAGGAGGAUCUGAGCGGCCAGAUGGCGAGCAUAUCGAGCGCGAGGAUCAGGCAUUCUCAUGGACGGACUAUGCUGUCUUCACCCUCUUGGGUGUCUCCAUGCUAUGGGCUUGGAACAUGUUCUUAGCAGCAGCUCCGUACUUCCAGCGACGCUUCGAGUCCAAUGAUAACCUCCUCCGCAACUUCCAGUCCUCCAUUCUAUGCGUCUCCACCGUAGGCAACCUUGGCUCCAUGAUCGUCUUGACCAAGCUCCAGGCUCGUGCCAACUACCCCAAACGCAUCGUCGCAUCGCUCGCCUUGAACGCUGUCGUCUUCACCCUUCUCGCCAUAUCCACAAAGUUCUUCCUGGACAUAUCCGUCGGUGUCUACUUCGCCUUCCUCAUGGUCAUGGUGUUGAGCGCCAGCCUUGCGACAGGCCUGUGCCAGAACGGCGUCUUUGCGUAUGUAUCGGGCUUUGGAAGAGAGGAAUAUACCCAAGGGAUCAUGUCUGGCCAAGGCAUUGCCGGUGUCUUGCCUUCCAUCACCCAGAUCAUAUCGGUUCUGUCUGUACCUAAAAAACAGCAUACCGACGGAGCACCGCAAGAGUCAAGCACAUCUGCCUUCAUCUACUUCUUGACAGCCACGGCCGUCUCCGCGGCAACAUUGGUAGCCUUCUUCUACCUCCUCUCCAGGGCUAGCUCUAAGCAGCGUAUGUCGCAAGCAUCGUACGACCAGGGGCCCGAAUACGAUUCAACCCACAACGAGCGCAAGAGUGUACCACUGACGAGGAUGCUCAAGAAGCUCUUCUGGCUCGCCGGCGCCGUCUUCAUCACCUUUGCAAUUACUAUGUUCUUCCCCGUCUUCACGCCACAAGUACUAAGUGUACGCGAUCCAUCAACGGCUCCUCGCCUUUUCCAACCAGCAACUUUCAUCCCUCUAGGCUUCUUUUUCUGGAACCUUGGUGACCUCAUGGGUCGAGUAGGACCCGCUCUGCCUGCCCUUCGUCUUACGCAUCGUCCACGCCUCUUGUUCUUUCUGUCUAUCGCGCGUGUACUCUUCAUACCCUUGUACUUCCUCUGCAACAUCGGUGGGAAAGGCGCUGCCGUCAACUCCGAUUUCUUCUAUCUCUUCAUUGUACAGCUACUCUUCGGCAUAACAAAUGGCUACUUGGGUAGCAGCUGCAUGAUGGGUUUCGCUGAGUGGGUUGAACCGGAAGAGCUUGAGGCAGCAGGAAGCUUCAUGUCGCUAUCUUUGGUUGGCGGCCUUACAACGGGAAGCUUCCUCAGUUUCUUUGCUGCACAGUCCUCGUAAUUUGGGGUGCUUCUGGUAGCACGGCUCCUCUACGUGGCUAGCAUCAGCGGUCUCGUUAGUAACCAGAGAUGUGUAUAAAAGCGUCCAUGAGCAAUACAGAAUGUCUAUAUUCAUCUCCGCCAUUUCUCACGAAAGAUAAUGGCCACAGAUAUUAUCUACAUAGUUCUCAGAUUCCAGCUCCACUUCCGUACUGCUCAGCAGAUAAGGACCGGUGGGAAACGUAGGAGACCCUCAUUCAGCUGGGCGGAGAAGAUCCGGCAUAACCAGG